AACGCUCUCACAUCUCCUCUUUCCUCUUUACCUUUUAGUUCUACUUUUGGCAACCACUCACUUGACGGUCUGUUCUCCUCCCUUACCAACUUCUAGCCCUCGUCAUCCUCUUGGAUUUGCUUCAGGAAAUGAUGAAGCUUGUUUUGAAAUUAGACUUGCAUGAUGAUAAAGCCAAGCAGAAGGCUUUGAAGGCAGUCUCCACUCUUCCAGGAAUCGACAUGAUUUCUGUGGACAUGAACGAGAGGAAGCUGACUGUGAUCGGAACAGUCGAUCCAAUUGACCUGGUGAGGAAACUUAGGAAGUUCUGGCACACUGAACUCCUCUCUGUUGGACCGGCCAAAGAGCCUGAGAAGAAGGAAGAACCAAAAAAGGAGGAAGCGAAGAAAGAAGAACCAAAGAAGGAGCCCAAGAAAGAAGAAAUUAGUGCUCAUGAGCAGAUGAUGAUGGAGUUUGUAAAUUCCUACAGUGUUUAUAAUCCUGAGAUGACCACUCACUACUACGUUCCAAGUGCAGAGGAGAACCCGAACUCCUGCGUUAUCUGCUAAGGGCUUCAUUUCCUGUUGGAUGAAUGAAUGUGUUGCGAGUCUUCAAAUUAUUAGCCUGAAGACUCUGUAAAUGCUCUGUUGAUUGUGAUUUAUGUAUGUAUAACGUUAAAUUAAUGUUUGAUUUAAAUCGUAAACAUAGUUUAUCCA